AGGACACCCGGUGAUGUUGCUGAUAGUAAACUUUGAGAAAGGAGGGGAGGGGGUGGAUAGAAAGGAGGGGUCUGCUUGCUGAAGUUAACUAGCCCAACACAGUGCAAAGGCAUGCAGUAUGUUUCCGUGGCGGGUUAGUGCUGGAUGAGACCAAACUUCCCAAACUCUUUUCCUGCUUUCUGCAGUCACCUAGACUCCAAGGAGGGCUAGAUGAAUUGUGAUCCUUUGGUUGCGGUCAGCUGCUCUUCUUGGUGCUGGUUUAUGAUUUGAACCGAGGGGCUUUCUGACCCUGGGAAUUUUCACAAGGCUUCACCAUGACACUUCUGGGGUCUGAGCACUCUAUGCUGAUUCGGAGCAAAUUCAGAUCAGGUAGGGCUAACACAGCAAGACUUUCUCCUAAAACUUUCCUUUUCAGUGAACCUCAGCUAGAGGCUGUUUCUCAUUAAGCAGCAUGCAAGUAAAAUAACCAAGGAGUUGUAAAGCUGUCAUGGGCUUGCUAUCACAGAGGCUGUUCAGUAGACGAGGAAUGCGUUUCUAUCUGUCCUUUUUAUCUGCUCCCUCUCUUUCUGUUCUUUCACUGCUUACAAUUUAUGUCAAUAGUCUAGUUUACUAAAAAAAAAAAAAAAAGAAUUCAGCUAUCAUUUUGAAGUCUCCUAAUCUAGGAGAAAUUAUAUAUAUAUAUGUAAUUUAAUAUAUAUAUAAUUCUAUAUAUAUAGGUCUUUGCGUUUAUAUAGUGUGUGGGGGGUGUGUGUGUGUGUGUGUGUGUGUGUGUGUGUGUGUGUGUGUGAGAGAGAGAGAGAGAGAGAGAGAGAGAGAGAGAGAGAGAGGGAUCAGAAAUCCAUAUGCUGGUUGUUACAGUAAGAGUAUCUCCUCCAUCUGUUCAAAGUCAGGUGCUGUCCUGUGUAUGCCGGCCCUAAUGGUUUAUUCCAAUGUCUAGGCAGCCAGUUUUCUUUCCUUUAAGAGUUGUGACUAAUUGGACAAACAUGAAUUGCAGAAAGGCAUCAUUUUUUUUAGAAGUACAAAUAACAAAUGGAACAUGCAAAAUAUUUAAAAUGACAUCACCAGAGAAAUAAAGCUAGAGCCAAGCGACUGAUUGCCAUUUUCUGAAGCUUUGCUACAAAAAACAUGUACCAGAUCUCCACAGAGGGUUGAAGCCCCAUUCAGGGCUUCUUCUUUGCGGACCUGCAACAGGAACAAAGUUUUACAGUUGCGGUUACAGCAGCGAAGAAGCCGAGAACAGCUUGCUAGUCAAGGCAUCAUGCCACCACUGAAAAGCCCUUCUGCCUUCCAUGAGCAAAAGAAGAGCUUGGAGCGAACCAAGACUGAAGAUUAUUUUAAGCACAAGAUCAGAAACAGAUCUGAGCAUUCUGAACUGCUUGAUAUGCACAUUGUUCAAGAUUCAACUGCAGAAGAAUCUGUUCAAGCUAGUCAGAUGAAACUAAAACGAGCCCGUCUUGCAGACAAUCUGAAUGAAAAAAUUGCUCUUAGACCAGGACCUCUGGAGCUGGUGGAGAAGAAUAUCAUUCCCAUUGACUCAGCUGUGAAAGAGGCCAUCAAAGGUACCCAAGGAAACUUUACUAAAUCUUCAGAUGCCUUUGCUUUUGAAGAAGAUAGCAGCAAUGAUGGGAUGUCCCCAGAGCAAAUUAAAAGUGAGGAUUCUCAAGGGUCUACAGAAUUGGCAGCAAGAAUCAAAAUACCAGAAGCAACAUUUCCUUCCGUAUCUGGGACAACUCAGGGCCAUUCCCAUAGUUCUGAAAAUGAUAUGGCUGAUUCGUCAUCUCUGCAAAAUAGUCAGCCAGAAAGUCCAAAACAGCUCAAUGGGCAGCAGACACCUCCUAUUCCUAUUACUACAUCUGUAAAGUCAAAAUCUUCAAGUGAUGGCAAGAAUCGCCACAAAAAACCUAAGGAGAUGAAGCCCAAAGUGAAGAAGCUAAAGUAUCACCAAUACAUUCCACCAGACCAGAAGGCAGAGAAGUCUCCUCCUCCCAUGGACUCUGCCUACGCCAGGCUACUGCAACAACAGCAGCUCUUCCUGCAGCUCCAGAUCCUUAGCCAGCAACAGCAGCAUCGACACCAGCAGCAGUUCAAUUACCCUGGGUCACAUUCCUCUCAGCUAAAACAACCAAAUGAGCCUAAAAUCUCAGGCUCUUCCCCUACGACAAUCACCAAUAAUCCUCUUUCUCCAGUGAAGGGAACCUUUUCUGGGCCAUCUUGCAUUUCAUCCCUCAAACCAGGUCCUCUCCCAUCUAAUCUGGAUGACCUUAAAGUGUCAGAAUUAAGACAGCAACUCCGAAUAAGGGGACUUCCUGUGUCAGGUACAAAAACAGCCUUGAUGGAACGUCUUAGACCCUUUCAAGACUGCAGUGGGAAUUCAGUGACUUCUUUCAAUGAAAUAACCACUGUCACUUUCCCAGUAACCCCAACAAGCUCUCUCUCGAGUUAUCCAUCACAGUCUUCUACCAGUCUGUUAUCCAAUGGCUUUUACCACUUUGGCAGCACUAGUUCCACUCCACCCAUCUCUCCAGCUUCCUCUGACCUUUCAGUGAGUGGCUCCUUGCCAGACAGUUUCAACGAAGGACCAAUGUCUUCCCCACAGUUUGUCUUGCACCCUUCACCUGUGCAAAGUGGUUGUGAGGAGAACCUGGUGGGAAGCAUCAACGGAGGUGGCAUCCAGCAUGAUGUUGAAAGGGUUGACACAGAGAAAGACAAAAUGUUAGUGGAAAAGCAAAAAGUAAUCAAUGAGCUGACUUGGAAAUUGCAACAGGAGCAGAGGCAAGUGGAAGAGUUGAGAAUGCAGCUCCAGAAGCGCAAAAGAAGCCAUGGACUGGAAGAUAAGCAGCCCCCAGCACGUGUAUUUGGUUUUCCAGUCAAGCAGGAGAAUGCAGUGUCCAGCUGCCCAUUUGCCUCUAAGCAAGCUGCCUUGAAAGGUAAGGCUAGCAAUUCUGAGGCAUUAAGUAACUGUGGGACACCUCAGAUGCCGCAUCUUGUAAAUAGCCAUUGUAUGGAACCUUCUGGACAAAAUGGCAUACUGUCUUCCACAUUCCUAAGCCCACAGUGCUCUCCUCAGCAUUCUCCACUAGAGGCAGCGAAGAGUCCUCAACAUAUUAGCCUUCCACCCUCACCAAACAGCCAUUACCUUCUCUCCAUGUCUCCUAGCCAUCAGGGAGAAGGACGCAGCAAUUCUCCACAACCCAGCCGCCAUUUGUGCACAACUCUGGUGCCGACACAAGGGGGCCCAAAGUAUUCCGUUCUGUCUGCCAGCUUUUGUAAAUCCAGUGCUGCUCUCCCAGAGGGAAAACAGCCUCCACCUUAUGCUGAUGCUGUAAAACAGCAAAUGACUCAAAGUCAGCAGAUGGAUGAACUAUUAGAUGUGCUUAUUGAAACUGGAGAAAUGCCUGCAAAUGCUAAAGAGGACCGCCCUUGUCUUCAGAAGGUACCUCAGAUAACAGUGUCUUCAGGAACGUCUGGAACACCCUUGUUACUAAAGGCAUCCACUGCAUUUGAGCAAAACACCUCAAACCAGCUCCCCUUUGAACGCUGUUCUAGCAAUGACAGUCAUUUGGAAAUCUUGUUAAAUUCCCACAGUCCUCUUGGGCGGUCAAGUGAAGUCACCCUUCUGAAAUUGGGUACUGAGGAACCUCACUUUGAUGGAGCAAUGGAAGGAUUUUCUAGCAAGGCUGCCGAUGAAUUAGUCUCACCUCAUGAGAUCCUGCCAACUCCCCUCUCGCCCAUGGAGACUCAGUUGUCUCCCUCAUCUGGUGAAGGAACUGGUUUGCACAUGAGCUUCACAGAGUCUCCCUGGGAAACAAUGGAAUGGCUGGACCUCACACCACCAAGCUCAGCCAAUGGUUUUGGUUCCCUGACCACUACAGGGCCCAGCAUCUUCAACAUCGAUUUCUUAGAUGUUACUGAUCUCAACUUGAAUGGCACUAUGGAUCUGCACCUACAACAGUGGUGAUCAAAGUAAAGCUUAAGGAUGGGGAGGAAACAUACCACAAGUAAUUUCCAUGGAAAGAAUUAGAAGACUAUUUUAGAAUGUUCUGGAAUAAUGCAGAGUGCGCAAAAGGAACUGGAGUCAUUUUCCCCAGGACAUAAUUUAUCUUUUCACUAUCAAUGGUUUCACAAAAUGAUUGUUUCCUUUCCCUGCUACUCAAAAUAAGGAAUCCUUCAUUUCUAACACAAAUUCCUCCCUACCCUUUGUAAGGAAAUCCAGUUGCUCACCAUCAGUUUCAACCUCUUCCAGAAGGAGAUCCUCUAUGCAAGACAACUGUACAUUGCCCAGACUUAUCAGUAUUGGCUCUAACAGAUUUAUCAAACUAUAUGACUCUGUUAUGAGCAUAUUUGUAGAUCCCAUACACUGCUCCUUGGGAACCUUUGCCUUUCAUGCUUAUCAUAUAUAUGAAGAGUUUUACUGGGGAUUUCCCUCCCCUCCUUUUCAAGUCAUCUUGAUCCGAUGAAUCAAGAGAUCAUCAACUUUUUACUAUCUAUUUUCAAAACUGAAAUAAUCUUCCAGUGUUUCCCUGAAUAUUUUUCUCUUUUUGAGUUUAUUUAUUCCUUUUGUUUUCUCAGUUUUAAAGAUACAUGCAGCAGACCUGAAGUAAUAUGAUUUAUUUUGUAGUGGGCACUCUCCUCGGAAAAGAUUUCAAAAUGGAACCACAAGAAAA